AUGACGGCAGAUUAUCCCGAAAGAUGGAUAAGAAUAUCAUUAUUCGUUAUACGUUUUUUGAGUUGUUCAACAGUGGAGUAUUUCUUUUUCGGUACAUUGAGAGGUCGGACAGAAGGGCUGAGAGCAAAAGUUAAAAGCUCAGCUCUAGAGCCAAAGGUCUACAAAGGAAUUUAUGCUGGCGUCUUCUCGCACAUGACUUGCAGAUUUUCUCUUCUACCUCAUGCUUUUUCUCUUGUUUCGGUCGUUCAAAUUCGGAACACUUGA